AUGUCCUCACCUCCUCCGCCCGGAGGUGGACCCUCAGCUCUAUCGGCCUCAUACCUAAAAAUAUGCAGCGAUAUAGGAUGUCAGCCAAUGCCAGAGCUUGUUGAGGCCCUGAGAACUGGACAGAGGGCAUGCUUUAUCAGCAGCCCUGCGGAGAGCCUUCCUGAUGGCACUGUCAUUUCCCUGUGCGCUGUGCUUCCUAUGUCGCCGUUCGAGUUCUGCAGCUUUCACAACCUGAACUUGAGCACUAACAGCUGGGCGGCGAUCGCGGACGCCUGCUCCAAAACACGGACUUUGCAGCGGUUAAUGUUCAAGGAUUGCAGCUUCCGGGACGGCCACGGCUUAACAGUCUUCGCGCGUGCCUUGUCUGCCGCGGACCUUGAAAGCUUGGAAAUCUUCAAUUGCCAGCUGAGUGACGACUUCACCGUUGGUCUGACGGACGGCUCGCUGCUUGGCAACGAGAAAUUUUCAACGCUGCGGAUGUCAGGUUGCGGGCUUGGUGAUAACGCAGUUGUGCGCUUGGCCAAGGCCAUCGAGAGCGUAGGCAUGAUGUGCUCAUUGCGGCAUCUGGACUUGUCGCAUAACCGGAUUGGCGAUUCUGGCGCUUGUGCACUGGCUGCCAUGGUUGGCGGAGAGUCGUCCCCAUCGGCUGUACCAUUAGUGGCUCUGGAACUCGAGGACAACCAGGCGGCUCUAAUGCUGCACCGUCUGAACUUAUCGCUGAACCCAGCGCUGACAUCAUCCACAAUGAUGGCCCUGGCGGAUGCCGUGCGCUUCCACUCCGGCACGCUUGCCGAAGUAGCUCUGGCAGGCUGCAGGGCAAGUGAAGACGCAGCGGUGGCGCUUUUGCGCGCGGCCAACAAGAACAACACGUUGCAGUUGCUGGACAUCCGGGGUGUGCCCCUUGGGCCUGAGGGUGUGGCGCAGUUGUGUUCGCUUCUGCGUUAUACAACAAGCCUCAACACGUUGCGGGUUGAUGUCGCAUCCGUUGAGGGUGCCGAGGCCAUUGCGCGGGAUCUGCCAGCUAACCGAAGCCUUAUGCAUAUCACGCUUGGUGGGCCCGUUCCCGACGGGCUACUGAACGCCAUGUCGGAGAUUCUGGCCGCCAACACAGUCCGCCGCAUCAACGGAUCACCUGGUGAGGGAGGCCCUCGGUCAGAUGCGGGGGGUUCAGUGUACAGUCACGCCACACACCGGACAGGUCGUACCCACCGUACGCAUCGGACCAGCACGUCUUAUCUAUCGUUCGGGGGCCUGACAGACAUGAGCCGACGGACGAUCAUGGUGGGGACCACGCGCCUCCGCGUGAGUGCAUCAUUAGCAGCUGGCGGGGCAGCUGAGAAGGCUGUCGUGAUGUUCCGGAAACACGACCAAAAUGAGGAUAACUAUUUGAACAAGCAGGAAAUGCUUGCAGCGCUGGAAGAGAUGGGUGUGCUGAAUGGGAUCAAGGCUAAGCAUGUUGGACGCUUCUUGGACAGCGAGUUUAAGAAGGCUGAUUGGGACAAAGAUGGGCGCGUCAGCCUUCAGGACUUCAUCUCGUACUAUGAGAGAAUUGCCUAUUACCAAGCGCAAAUGGCCCGCGAGGGGCGGAUCAAGUCCAUGGCCAACUUGAACAAGCAGAUGGUGCCGCAAGGCACUGAGCACAACGCGCAUCUGAAGCGCGUGUUCAAGAACUAUGCCCGGUUGGCGAUUGGCCAGGGUCGAGUGUAUGCUGACGGGCUGCCACAAAUGAACAGUGCCCAGUUCCACCGGCUAUGCCAGGACGCCGGCUUCAUGGAGCCAGAAGGGCGCUUGAGCACCACCGCGCUGGACGUCAUUUUCACACGGUACCGUGCAGCUAACAGCCGUCGAUUAUCCUUCAAGGACUUCAUAGCCUCGCUUGCGGCGAUAGCUUAUGAGAUGGGCUACCAAUUUGACGACAUCAUGGAGGCCCUUGGUGCCCGGAACCAGCAGCCUCUGGGGCCGUCUGAACCCGUGGUGCGCGACACCUUCAGCGAGCCCGGUGGCAUCCAGUAUGUGCACAGUCAGGCUCAGCAGCAGCAGCCAACGGGACAAGUGAACGGAGAGGCCAAUCCUGACGUGCUUGGGGUUCCACUUGUCACGGUGUACGAGGGUGCUGAGGGCAAGAAAGCGGCAGCGCCGAAGGGCAAGCCGACCAAGAAAGUUUCUGGUUCCGGUGUCCGGGCGAGCCUUGGUGGACGAAGUGGCAGCACCCGUGCCAACAACCGGGGCACAUCGGUAAACAACAAUCCUCUAUACGAUAGCCAAGAUUAUACAGUACCGGGGGCGCCGGUACCGUUCCAAUCGUCUUUCAAUGUGAAUGGCGCGCUCAACAGCCAGGGGCAUAACACCCCGCGGGUUCGCGGUUCACCUGGGUACAUGUCGCCUGGUCGCAGUGGGUCCGGCGUGCAGCCAGGGGCACCACAGGUUUCAGACCUGGCCAUGAUAGAGACUCGCUUGCGGUUGGAAAUGGAAGCGCUUGCACGGCAGAUGGAGGAGCGGUUUGAGCGGCAGUCCAUCGCGGCACGCAACUCGGUGGGGACCGCAACGUCUGCCUCAGCGGCAGCCAAUAAUAGCACGGGAGGCCUUCCUGCAUCAGCCGAAGCGUUGCUCGGCGCCAAGCUGCGGCACCUGGAGGGCCAAGUGGCCGGUCUGGUGUCUCGACAGGACGAUGCGGAAAGGCUUGCUGUGCAGUUAUCCAGCAUGCAAGAGAUAGUGAACAAAAUAGCCGACGAAGUCGUCCGGGUCAAGAACAGGGCAGACGCAGCGGCUUCCACGGCCGCGUCAGCAGUUGCGGCAGCUUCCGCAGCUACAGCGGCGGUGGGCAACUCUGGCAGUGCGAUCCCCGCUGUUGAGGAACGGCUCACAGGCGUGACUGCCCAGGUGGGCAAUCUGCAGGAGACUGUGACCGCGUUGCGCCGUGAGACGCAGACAUUGUCGUCGCGUUUGGACACUCUCACGGGGCAGGUAUCAGCAUAUCGUGCUUCGCAGUCGGAGUACCAGCAACAGGCAGAACAGCUGAUUCAGUUGAGGCAGCAACAGGCGGCGCAAACGGAGCAGAUACAGCAGUUAGCGGCGAAGGUGGCAUCUCUGCCGAAUGAGCUGGCGAAGAGCAGCUCCGGCUCCUUGACAGCUGCGCACCUGGAAGCGCUGGAGAAAAAGCUAAGUUCGCGUCUGUCCCGCUACGAUGGCGCACUGCUACAGGUCGCCAAACAGGUGGACGUUCUUGACAUGAGGCUGCGGGAGGAGCAGGAGGGCAACAUGAAGACAAUCGACAUGCUGCUGAUGGCAGCAGGCGCCAACCCUAUUCCCAAGGCGGCGCCUGGUGUAGAUACAGGUGUCCCUAGCAAUGCCAUAGAGGGUAAUUAG